CCUGCGCUGCUGACACCCUCUGCUGAGGCACAGAUGGUGCAGUCUCUGGGCUUCGCCGUGUACCGUGCGCUGGACUGGGGGCUGGACGAGAACGAGGAGCGGGAACUGAGCCCACGCCUGGAGCAGCUCAUCGACCUGAUGACCAACAGCGACUCAGAGGACAGUGGCUGUGCCACGGCUGACGAGGGCUAUGAGGGGCAGGAGGAGGAGGAGGAGGGGGGCGAGGGGCCGCCGCGCUCAGUGCGCACCUUCGGGCAGGCCAUGCGGUGCUGUGCCACACGCCUGGCCGACCCCGCCGGCGCCUCAGCGCACUACCAGGCUGUCUGCCGUGCACUCUUCGCUGAGACCGUGGAGCUCAUGGCCUUCCUCGCCAAGAUCCGUGAUGCCAAGGAGCUGCUGCAGAAACUGAAGGAGGAUGAGGAAGAGGAGGAGCGGCCAGCGGCGGAGCUGGGCAGCUUGCGUAACACCGACUGGGCCCGGCUGUGGGUGCAGCUGAUGCGGGAGCUGCGGCACGGUGUGAAGCUGAAGAAGGUGCAGGAGAAGCAGUACAACCCACUGCCCACAGAGUACCAGCUCACCCCCUUCGAGAUGCUCAUGCAGGACAUCCGCGCACGCAACUACAAACUCCGCAAGGUUAUGGUGGAUGGGGACAUUCCCCCCCGGGUGAAGAAGGAUGCCCAUGAGCUCAUCCUUGACUUCAUCCGCUCACGGCCCCCUCUGAAGCAGGCAUCAGAGAGGCGGCUACGGCCCCUACCCCAGAAGCAGCGGACACUCCAUGAGAAGAUCUUGGAGAAGACCAGGCAGGAGCGGAAGCUCCGGCCUGUGGAGACAUCAUAUCACGGGCAGAAAGCAUACAGCUCCCUGCCCUGCAUCCCCCACGCCUGCACCAGCCGCCUGGCCUCCAGCUCCUGCCUCGAGCUCUCCCGGUGCCCUGCCAGCGCCAUGCCCGCACGCCCACGGCCACGCGUCCUGCUCAAGGCACCCACCCUGGCUGAGAUGGAGGAGAUGAACCUCUCUGAGGAGGAGGACUCUCCGGGCACAGAGGUGCCACUGAAGCGCGAUCGCUCCUUCUCAGAGCACGACCUGGCACAGCUGCAGAGCCAGAUGGGAGGGGAGCAGACUGCACCCCAAGACCCGGAGCCGCUGCAGCCCGAGCUCCGGCCCCGCUCAGGCUCUGUCCCUGCCAGCUGCCACGCACUGCCCGAUGGCCCAGCACUGCCCCGAGCUGCCCUUGGUGCUGUGGAGGAGAGGCCAGAGGAUGGAUCCGGUGCUGCCCCCACCACCAGCUCCAAACACCUCUGGCUGGAGUUCAACCACCCCGUGGAGAGCCUGGCCUUGACCGUGGAGGAGAUGAUCAAUGUGCGCAGGGUGUUGGUCAAGGCUGAGAUGGAGAAGUUCCUGCAGAGCAAGGAGCUGUACAGCAGCCUGAAGAGGGGGAAGGUCUGCUGCUGCUGCAGGACCAAGUUCCCCCUCUUCUCCUGGCCGGCUGCCUGCCUCUUCUGCAAGCGGUCUGUCUGUAGCUCCUGCAGCCUGAAGAUGAAGAUGCCUUCCAAGAAGCUGGCUCACAUCCCCGUCUACGCUCUGGGCUUUGAGAGCCUCCCGGUUUUUUUUAAGGCCCCUCCGCUGACCCGGAGGGAGCCCUUCCACUCGCUCUCGGGGUCGUGCUGGCGCCGGGUGGAGGAGGAAUUUCCCCACAUCUACGCCCAGGGCUCAGUGCUGCGCGACGUGUGCCCCGACUGCGCCGGCUUUGUCACCGACGUGGUGAGCUCCAGCCGCCGCAGCGUGGCCGUUCUCAACGCCAGCGCCGCACCGCGACGCCACAAGGCGCGAUCGCUCUACGGAGACGCCUGGCUCAAGUGA